AUGCGAGAACAAGAUCGACUGGAUAUGCUCCACCAUAUUUAUCGCCUCGUGCAAGAUGGCCGGCUACACGUCGCCCCAAUUGGGAACCCACAGCGGGUGCUGGAUAUCGGUACUGGGACGGGACUCUGGGCGCUAGAGUGCGCGGAUGAGUUUCCCGCGGCAAUAGUUCUCGGGGUUGAUAUUAGUCCUAUUCAGCCGCAAAUGACUGCUCCGAAUUGUUCCUUCAUGAUCGAUGACCUGGAGCAAGAAUGGGUCUACCCACCCAGUCGCAAGUUCGACUACAUCCACCAGCGCAGCAUGUCUGGCAGCAUCGGAGACUGGUCGACGAUGUACAAGCAAGCAUUAGCAUCUCUCGAUCCCGGCGGCUGGCUCGAGAUACAGGAAUUCGAAGUAUGGUUCUACUCCCAGUCGCCUGAGGGCUUAUCGGAAGACUCGGCCAUCGCCAAAUGGCAGAAAUUGAUCGACGAGGGCAGUCUCGCGCUCGGCCGACGCCUAAAUUAUGCAUCUCGGUUCAAGGCCCACCUCGAAGAAGCUGGAUUUGUCGACAUACAGACCCAAGUAAUCAAGACUCCGAUAGGCGCAUGGCCGAAAGAUCAGAAACUUCGUCGGAUAGGAGUAUUCCUCCAAGCACAGAUGAAUGAGGCUGUCGAAGCCGUCACACUAGGAUAUCUAACUCGGGCGCUUGGCUGGUCAGAAGCGGAGGUUCAGAUCCUGCUCACAAACGUAAGGAACGAGUUUAAUGACAAACGUAAGCAUCUUUAUACAUUCUGCUGGUUUAUCUGGGGUCGGAAACGGAUGAAUUCUGGCAAUAUCAGCUAA